UCUCUACAUUUCUAGUUCUCUACAUUUACUCUAUUAGAGCCAUAGCCCAGAGGUACCAAAUGGAGAGGUACAAAUGCAAGCUUUGCACAAGAACAUUAGCCAGUAGCAGAGCAUUGGGUGGACACAUGAAGGCUCAUUUUGCCACCCUCCGUCUUCCUCCUCCUCCCUCCGAAGAUGAACGAUCCAAGCGAAACCCAAAAAUCACCUUUGGCCAAAACUCAGAACAAAAGAAACUUAAACAGAGUUUUUUAGAUUCACACUCACCACUAACUGAAACUGAACCAGAACCAGAACAGGUUAGUUCAAUUUCUGAUACUUCCCCUGAAGAAGAAGAAGUUGCUAUAACCCUCAUGUUGCUAUCAAGAGAUAAAUGGAAUAAGAACAGUGAAGUUGAAAGAUCAAUGGGAUUAAUGGAAGAGAUUAAGCACAAAAAAGUUAGUGGGAAGCAAAAAUGUGACAAAUGUGGAAAUAACUUUAAAAGCUAUAGAGCAUUGGAAAGUCACAGAAACAUUUGUCUUCAAAAUGAAGCAAAUCCGGUUGCAACAACUAGUAGUGUUCACAAAUGUAUGAUUUGUUUUAAGGUUUUUGGGUCUGGUCAAGCAUUAGGUGGUCACAAAAGAUCUCACUUUUAUCCACCUUUGAAGAAAAAGCUCUCUUUCUUCGAUCUCAACUUGCCACCUUCACCCGAAGAAAACGAUCCUAGUGUUCUUUCCGAUGCGUAGCUAACUCAUUUGUCAAUCUCACUAUACUUCUUUAUAAGUAGGAAUCAUAUUUGGUAUUUCAGAGUUUGCAUCAGUGACACGCAUUGCACGCUAACCACUUGCGCUAGUCAGACUCAGGUAGUGCCGAUCUCGCUAUAUAUGAUUAGUUUGUUACAUUUGG